CUCUAUGCACCUCACAAUUUAUGAAGGCAAACACUGACUGACUUCAUCAAGAACCACACACGCUUUGAUGGUGUUUGGUUUCACAGCAAAUAGUUUCUUAUCAUCAUCAUCUUCAUCUCCUCAGUGAAUCUUCUCUUCUCAGUUCAUCACUUUGGAUUAAGAGCUGCAGAAUUCAAGGGGAAAAUAUGGUUGUUGUUGCAGUAAAUGCUGGUCCUUUUAACUGCAUGCCCUCAUUAUCACCUGCUUCUUCACUGCAAUUUCAAUUUCAGUGCAAUGGAGCCUUUGGUUUGAGCAAUUGUCUUCAAAUUUGUGGAAGCAAACCGAAGGGUUCGGGCAUAGCCGUUAGUAAUGUGAACUGCACUGCCUCAUCUGCUGCCCCAGCCAUUGUUGCAAAUGAGGAGGAGGAGCUACUCCCAUUAGAGUUAGCAGAAGUUAAGGAAUUGUGCAGAAACUGGGUAUGGAGUGGUCACAAUGUAAAUUACUUGGUCUGCCAAGCGCGAAAUGGCAGCCCUUCUCGCCCUGCCAUAGUUCUAGUCCAUGGCUUUGGUGCUUCUGUUGCCCAUUGGCGAAGGAACAUUGCUGUCUUGGCGAAGGAUUAUACAGUUUACGCGAUUGAUCUUCUUGGUUUUGGCGAAUCAGACAAGCCAACGGGGUAUGCAUAUUCCAUGGAGAAUUGGGCUCGGUUGAUUCUGGAUUUCUUGAGUGAAGUGGUCCAAAUGCCAAGUGUGCUAGUGGGGAAUUCUGUUGGGAGUCUCGCCUGUGUGAUUGCUGCUGCAGAUUCCCAGAACUUGUUGAUUCGAGGGCUCGUUCUGUUAAACUGUGCAGGAGGGAUGAACAACAAGGCCAUAGUUGAUGAUUGGAGGAUCAAACUCCUCCUGCCUUUGCUAUGGUUGAUUGACUUCUUACUCCAACAAAAGGCGAUAGCUUCAGCUCUCUUUGAUCGCGUGAGACAGAGCGAAAAUAUCAAGAACGUCUUGAUGUCAGUGUAUGGGAAUAAAGAAUCUGUCGAUGAAGAACUGGUGGAGAUCAUCAGGGGACCAGCCAACGACGAGGGAGCACUUGAGGCUUUCGUUUCCAUUGUCACGGGUCCUCCCGGGCCAAACCCUGUGACACUGGUGCCACAAAUCAUGUUGCCUGUCCUGGUCCUUUGGGGUGACCGGGAUCCUUUUACCCCUAUCGAUGGACCUGUUGGCAAGUACUUCUCGUCCUUGCCUUCUCAGUUGCCAAACGUGAAGCUCUUUCUUUUGGAAGGCGUCGGGCAUUGCCCUCACGAUGAUAGGCCCGAUCUUGUCCAUGACAAGCUUCUUCCAUGGCUGGCUAGUCUUCCACCUUUGUAAGCUCGAUCUCAUACCAACUAUAUAGUGAAUUUUACUAGUUUUGUAAAUAACUUGGAAACUAAAAUGUUAGUGGUGUCAAUUCUUCGGUCUAGAAUGUAUAUUCUUGAUAUCUUUCAUAACCAGACUUUAUGAGGUUUGGUGAUAAGGUUGUGUUCUUGUGA